UCGACAGGUAACUUGUGGCAGCAGCAGCUCCUCAUCCUCCUCUUCCUCCUCAUCCUCAGCGUCCUGCCUCUGGCGUGUGGAGUUUGUCUCUGUGUGGGUUGUUUCUUUCCUCCGCACGGGAGCUCCACCUGAAAAGCUGUUCCUGAUGUAUAACAUGAUGGAGACCGAACUGAAGCCCCCUGCUCCCCAGACCAACACGGGGGGCCCGGGCAACACCAACACGUCCGGCUCUGGCCCCAACGCGAAGAACAGUCCGGAGCGCGUGAAGAGACCCAUGAACGCGUUCAUGGUGUGGUCCCGAGGCCAGAGGAGGAAGAUGGCCCAGGAGAACCCCAAAAUGCACAACUCGGAGAUAAGCAAGAGGCUGGGCGCAGAGUGGAAACUUCUGUCCGAGAGCGAGAAGAGACCUUUCAUCGACGAAGCCAAGAGGCUGCGGGCCCUGCACAUGAAGGAGCAUCCGGAUUACAAAUACCGGCCCCGGAGGAAAACCAAGACCCUCAUGAAGAAGGACAAGUACACCUUGCCCGGCGGUCUGCUGGCUCCGGGAGGCAACGGGAUGGGGUCUGGGGUCGGGGUGGGCUCGGGUCUGGGCGGUGGCGUGAACCAGCGGAUGGACAGCUACGCGGCGCACAUGAACGGCUGGACCAACGGCGGCUACGGCAUGAUGCAGGACCAGCUGAGCUACCAGCACCCGGGGCUGAACGCGCACAACGCGGGCCAGAUGCAGUCCAUGCACCGCUACGACAUGAGCGCCCUGCAGUACAACACCAUGGCCAGCUCCCAGAGCUACAUGAACGGCUCCCCGACCUACUCCAUGUCCUACUCCCAGCAGUCCACGCCGGGGAUGACCAGCCUGGGCUCCAUGGGGCCCUCCUCGGUGGUGAAGUCCGAGUCCAGCAGCUCCAGCCCGCCCGUCGUCACCUCGUCGUCCCACCGGGCCGCUCCGGGCUGCCAAAGCGGGGACCUGAGGGACAUGAUCAGCAUGUACCUGCCCGGGGCGGAGGUCAGCGAGCAGAACGCCCAGACCCGGCUACACAUGUCCGGGCACUACCAGAGCGCCGUGCCCGGGACGACGAUCAACGGCACGCUGCCGUUAACACACAUGUAAGAGACACAGCCCAGAGAGAAGCGAGAGAGAGUCAGAGAGAGAGAGAGAGAUAAAGAGAGAGAGAGAGAGAGAGAAAUGAACUUUUAUAAGAGAAACUGUGGACUACUUAACGUUGGACUAUUUUUGUACAGAAAAAUUUCGGGGUGGGAAAAAGUUGUAUAGAAGUUCUCCGGGGAAAAAAGGACACACGACUCUUUUUUUUUCUUGCAUUUGAUUGAGAGGAAGCUCCAGAGGAGAUCAUCCCCCUGUUCGCUGGAGGAGGAAGUUUGGAAAGACGAGACAGUGGGAGUCGCAAUCAAAUGUUUUAUUAUUGCAAUCACCUUUUGUACAGUAUUUAUCAAAGACACAUUACAAUCAGAUGAAAUUGUUUGCUAAACUGCAAGAGGUUGCAUUUUUUCCUUUCUGUUUUUUUAUAUAUACAUAUUUAUAUAUAUAUAUAUAUAAAUCAACAGCCGUUCGGCAAGAAAAAUAUGAAACGUGAAAAAUGUCAGAGCUGGAAACACAUGGGAGCGAUCAGUUAUGCUCCUGUAUUACUGAAAAUCAUUGGAAAGAAAAGGGACGAAGCAGGUAACACUGUUUUUUAUUUUUCAUUUAAGGUCAAUGUUACUAAACAUUUUAAUUUCUUUAUAAAAAAAAAAGAUAAGACACUUUUUUCUCUCAUACAGCUUAAAAUCUAGGUUGUUAAUUUAUAUUUCCGUCUCCCACUUUUCAUCUGUUAGAGGUAUGACGCUUGUGCUCUUUAUUUCCUAAUUGAUUUGUACAAUUUCUGUAUAUUUACUGUGAUAUUUUAAGUUUUUAUUUCAAAAUUCAUUCCCGUAGUUGUAUUUUAAAAAUUGUGGCCUGUACGCAGAAGCCAACCACUCCAUGUAUAUAUACCGGAAACUAAUACCAUCCUUAUAACAGUUACACUUUCAGCUGAGUAUAUUUUUUUUUUCA